AUGCAUGUCCUACGUUUAAGUCGGCUUGCAGGGCCUAUGCAUCUCCGAUGCCUGCAUAUGUCCGCAACUUGGCAGGCAAACGUUCCUAUAAGUAAAUUCGAGAAGGAUGUGUAUUUACCGUACGAGAAGUUAUCACAUAAUGUGAAGAUUGUUAGAGAUCGUCUGAAGCGGCCGCUUACCUUAUCUGAGAAGAUUCUAUAUGGCCACUUGGAUCAGCCAGCGACUGAACAUAUUGAACGUGGGGUUUCCUACCUGCGGCUGCGACCGGAUCGUGUGGCAAUGCAGGACGCAACGGCACAAAUGGCAAUGCUUCAGUUUAUUUCGUCAGGAUUACCAAAAACUGCUGUACCGUCAACUAUUCAUUGCGACCAUUUGAUCCAAGCGCAGAAAGGAGGUGAAGCGGAUCUCGUUAGAGCAAAGGAUCUCAACAAAGAAGUAUACAGCUUCCUCGAAUCGGCAGGGAACAAGUAUGGUGUCGGAUUCUGGAAGCCAGGGUCUGGAAUCAUCCAUCAGAUCAUCUUAGAAAACUAUGCUUUCCCUGGACUCCUGCUCAUCGGAACUGACUCUCAUACUCCUAAUGGA